AUGUCAGAACAGGAGAAAAAAAGUGGUGGUGGGAGCACGGCACCUCUUGUGGUGGUGGAGCAGACGACAGCGAGCAGACACAAGCCCAUCCGCGCCGACCAGGAGGAAGCCACGGACCUCCAUCGCAAGCAUUCUAAAGUCCCCGUUGUUGGUAUAGCUGAGGAAUCGAAAGUGUCUUCUGCGCAAGAUCCAGAAUGCGACCACGCAAUGUCCACCGAAAAACAAAAGCAAAGCAUGUCUAAAAAAUUCAGUUCCGUCACCAGUAAGCGGGGCCCAUCCAUGGAAACUAUCACCUUAGCACCCAUGGAAAUAGAAACGAAGCGAGAUGCACCAUCGUCGCAUCAACAACCGAUCCCGCCUAGUGUAGAAAUAGUGGCUUCUCAUUCUGACAAUCAAGUGGAAGAUAAACAAGAGACUCAGUUGGAGAAGAAGGCUGACACUGACAGCAUAACGGAUGAGAUCAAAGAGUUGCGGACCCCGGAUGCAACGAAGAAACAUUCAGAAUGGUCUGACGAUGAGGAAGCGGGCGGGCUGCCUCGCAGCGAGUCGCGGGCGUCGCGCAUGUCCCGGGCGGUGCGGCAGCUGUUCUGUUGCGGCGUGCGGUACGAGGCGGCCUCCGAGGACGAGCUGUCCCCGCGCUCGGGCUACGCCACCGGGAUAUGA